UUCCAUCCUGCUCUCAACGGAUCUCCUCCUCUCUUAAUUCUCUCGGCCUACUUUGCCUUUUCGCUUUUUAAUUUUGCUGCUGCUUCUGUGUCUGAUUUAGCUGUGAAAGAUUUUUGGUUGUUUGGGCUCGGAAUUUUGUGUUUCUUCUUCUUGAUUGAUCUGUUUGGUGAGUUCUUUUUUUGUGAUGGCUGGGAUAUGCUGUGGUGUUGUUGGAGAAGGGGAGACUCCGACUCCGAUUGAGCCGGGACGACCUUCUCGGAGACGGAGGUUGGAUAUAAUGCCCUUGAAGCUUAUGGCUGACAUGGCCGUGCUGCCGCCUGACACUUGCCUGAAGCGCCAAAAGCUGGAUCUCUGUGCUAAUUCUCCGCCGCAACCAAGAGACUGCGUAAACGCAGUUGAGAAUUGUGAAUCUGGUGGUGUUAAGACGGUAGAGGAAGAAAACAGGAAGGAACAGAAAGGGGACGAAGCUGUGUCGACGGUUACUUCUUUAAAUUCAACUGCUACAAAAGAUUGUGAUAAUGAGGAUAUUCGUGAGUGUCCAAAGUUUGGGGUUACAUCGGUUUGUGGUAGAAGGAGGGAUAUGGAAGACGCGGUUUCAGUUCGUCCGUCGUUCUGCCAAGAACAGGGUCAAAAUACAAACGAGUUUCAUUACUUCGGUGUGUUCGACGGCCAUGGUUGCUCUCAUGUAGCGACGAUCUGUAAGGAUAGGUUGCAUGAGAUUGUGAAGGAAGAGGUCGGCGGAGCACGAGAGGAUUUGGAGUGGAAGUCUAUGAUGGAACAGAGUUUCGCUCGGAUGGACGAGGAGGUGCAGAACUGGAGCCAAAGCAACCAGAACUCCACUUGUAGGUGCGAGCUACAGUCGCCUCACUGCGACGCCGUUGGAUCUACCGCGGUUGUUGCUGUCGUUACGCCGGACAAGAUCAUUGUCUCCAACUGUGGCGACUCCCGCGCUGUUCUCUGCCGUAACGGCGUCGCCGUCCCCCUGUCGUCCGAUCACAAGCCCGACCGACCUGACGAGUUGCUUCGAGUUCAAGCCGCCGGAGGACGGGUCAUUUAUUGGGACGGUCCUAGGGUUCUCGGAGUUUUGGCAAUGUCCAGAGCCAUAGGCGACAAUUAUCUUAAACCUUACGUUAUAUCGGAGCCGGAGGUGACGGUGACGGAGCGCACAGAUGAGGACGAGUGUUUGAUACUUGCAAGCGACGGCCUGUGGGACGUGGUGUCAAACGACACCGCAUGCGGGGUGGUGCGGAUGUGCCUGAAGGUGCAGAAACCGCCGUCACCGCCAGGAUCGCCGGGAAGCGACAUGGCGGUGUACUCCGCGGCAGAUGGGUCGGACAAGGCAUGUUCGGACGCAUCCAUUUUGCUGACGAAGUUGGCUUUGGCCCGGCAUAGUACGGACAAUGUGAGCGUCGUGGUGGUGGAUUUGAGGAAAGAGAAACCACAAUGUAACUCCGACGAGGCGAACAAUAAUUAAAACAAAUCAAAAUAAUGGAGGACAUGAACGACGAAAAGGAUAGCUAAUCAAACCCACCUGGCCACUUCCCUUUUUCUCUCUUCAUCGGAAUGGAAAGCAAAGCAAAAAAGGGGAGGAUGGGGUCAGGCUUCUACGUUUGAUUCAUCGGAAAUUGUAGGCUGAAAGAGAGGAGAGAAUUGGGACCAGAAGGAGAAUGAUAAUUGAGUAUGAAGAUGAAGAUAAGAAAUUGCUCAAAAUUGUAACAUUCGGAGAAAGAAACAAAUUAUUAUAGGAAAAUCGUAGGUUAGUCAAAAUCAAAGUGUCAACAAAGCCUUGAAAAUGGAGGGCUUGACACACCUUUAUUUGUCCAUAUAUAUAUAUGAGCUCUAUAUAAUUAGAUUUUCUCUGCAAAA